AUGGUUUACACUGGUGCACCACAAAACAUUCAAUCUUUUUACAAGUUUACUGAUGAUUGUUCCAAUCCUGAACAAUUUGAGUCUUGGAAACCUAAGAUCAAAGCCUACAGAGAAGCCUUAGACAAGGAAACCUUGAAAGAGUACAGGGUCGAUGAUGUUCCUAAGAAUUUAGAUUCAGAGGUUGUUAACACAGUCGAGUAUCUAAAUACCACAAAAGCACUGUCUGAUAGGGAGAAGGAGAUCACAAACACCUCAGCAUCUGAAUUAGCUACUAAGAUUGCCAAAGCAGAAAUCUCCUCCGUUGAGGUAUUAAAGGCUUUUGCACAUCGUGCUGUUAUUUUACAACAAUUUACCAAUUUCGCAAUGGAAUUUUUCAUUAAUGAGGGAAUUAAAAGAGCACAGGAAUUGGAUGAUUAUUUAGCUCAGAAUGGAAGAACAGUUGGUCCAUUGCAUGGUUUGCCAAUAUCAUUGAAAGAACAGAUUGGUUAUGCAGGCAAAAUCACAAAUGGUGGUUGGGUUGGUUGGUUGGAAAACAUCCCAGAAGAAGAUGCAACUACAAUCAAAGUUUUGAAGAAAUUAGGUGCAACUUUUUACGUCCGUACCAAUCAACCACAAUCACUUAUGCACUUGGAUUCUAACAAUAACAUCAUUGGUAGAAGUAGAAACCCUUACAAUUCAUUAUUAACUCCAGGUGGUUCAUCUGGCGGUGAGGGCGCGUGUGUUGCAGGUCGUGGUUCUGCAAUUGGUGUUGGUACUGAUAUUGGAGGUUCAAUUAGAGCUCCUGCAGCAUUUUCUGGUUGUUAUGGUUUGAAACCAACAUCGAGAAGAAUUUCAUGUUUUGGUGGUGUUUCUUCUGGUAAGGGGCAAGAAUCUGUUGUUGCAGUUUGUGGUCCAUUGGCUAAUUCAGUUGAAGACAUUGAGUUAUUCAUGAAGUCUUACAUCAAUGAGGGUAAGCCUUGGGAUGAUGAUCAAUGGUGUAUACCUGUUGUUUGGAGAGAUGUUGCAAAGCCAGAACCCAAGGAAAUCACCGUUGCAAUUAUGUAUGAUGAUGGUAAAGUCAAACCACAUCCUCCACUACAACGUGGCUUGAAGUACGUUAAGGAAAAGUUAACAGAGGCGGGUGUCAAGGUUAUUGACUUUAAACCAUUAGAGAUUGAAGAGGCUUUUGAAUUAGUCAACGAAAUGUACAGUUGUGAUGGAAACUAUGCACAAAAGGAAAUGAUUCGUGCCUCUGGUGAACCACUUUUACCAUUGACUAAGUGGGCAUUAUCAUUUGGUAAUGGCGACAAAAUGUAUACAGCAAGUGAGAAUCGUGAACUGAACUACAGAAGAGAUGCAUUGAGAAAGAAGUAUAACGACUAUUUUGUCAAAGAGAAAGUUGAUUUUAUCAUUUCUCCAGUCAAUGUUGGCUGUGCACCUGUUUGUAUUGAAGAUGGUAUUGCAGGUCCAUACUAUUGGGGAUACACUUCUUUGUUUAAUGUUUUAGAUCUACCUACAUUGACUUUCCCAACAGGUUUAUAUCAAGAUCCAAAGGUUGAUGUGAAGGACGAAAGUUAUGUUCCAAGAUCUGAAAUUGAUAAGAUUGAGCAAGACAAGUACAUACCAGAAUUGUUUAAAGGUGCUCCAAUUUGUUUCCAAUUAACUACGAGAAGAUAUUGUGAUGAGGAGACUGUUGCUUUUGGUAAAAUUUUGCAAGACAUAUUUUAA